AUGGGCUGGCUAUGGGGAUCGAGUCCUAGUGAUACACCAAAAGAUACACCAUUCACAACAACAACAACAACAACAACAACAACAACAUCUGCGGAACCAUCAAAGCAGAAUGCACCACCGAAGACCCUGACCCCCGGCGAACAAGCCGACCUAGAAUGGAACUCAAUCCUCGCUGAUCUCAGAGCCGAGGAAACCGCACUUUCGCAGACUUCUGGUGGUCUCACAUCCGAUGGCAAUACUUCAGCACAAUCCCAAACACCUACAUCACCCAUCGCUCCCGAAUCCCUCUACCAAGAUACCAUGUCCUGCCGCAACGCCUUUGACUACGCGUUUUUCUGCCAGUCUUUCGGAGGACAAUUUGUGAACGUUUACCGAUAUGGAGAACUACGGUCGUGCAGCGAUCACUGGGAUAACUUGUGGCUUUGUAUGAAGACACGCACAUGGCCAGAGAACCUGCGCAAGAAGGCCAUCUUGGACCACAACCGGAAGAAGGCUAUCAAGUACAAGACUGGCCCCAGUAGCGAGGAUGUCUGGGAUGUACGGCUCGAACCGGCUCGGGACUCGUUCAAGGGAGACUUUGCCGCUUUGGAGCGGGAAAUGAAGGCCGAAGAUGAAGAGGCGGCGAGAGGAAAGGCGGCUUCAUGA